CCAUUUUUGGACCAGUUUUGUUAGUACGGAAAGGGGGUCACUCUUUGUUUUGGUGGGCGUACACUCGUUAUACGACAGAAUAACAGAAUUGAACAGAUUCGGUUGUUUUGUGGGGAGGUUUUUACUCUCAUACUGCGAUGUCGGCGGACAAUAGUCAACAGCCGUCUUUAAAUUCCAAGAUAGUCGCAGCCGCCCAGUUCUGCAUUCUUGCUGUAGUUGUGACACUGGUAUUAAAGGUUAUUACCAGUGUUCAGAGGAAGCUACGAGCUCUGUGGGCACUGGAGAAGGACUUCCCUGUCCCGCCAGGGGCACACUGGCUCCUCGGACACCUGGUGUUACUGGCAAAUGGUGAACGGGAAUUCGACAAGAUCGGACUAGAAUGGGCAAUCCAAUAUCCAUACGCCUACAUCUUCAAACAUGGUCCACUAGAGGGCGUAUUGUCGGUGAAUCACCCAGACUAUAUCAAAGCGGUGCUACAGCGGCCAGAUAAAAAGGAUGAACGAAUCUACGGACUGCUGCGACCCUGGCUAGGGGAUGGUCUUCUGACCACCAGCGGUGCCAAGUGGUUCCGGAACCGGCGACUUCUUACGCCAGGAUUCCACUUCGAGGUGCUGAGGCCUUACGUCAAGCUCUUUUCUGACAGUGCAAAUGUUAUGCUGCAAAACUGGGAAGAGUUGGGUCCCGGCUCCUCUAUAGAUGUGUUCCAACACGUGAGCCUGAUGACUCUGGACAGUAUGCUGAAGUGUGCUCUCAGUCAGAACACUGGGUGUCAGAAAAGGAAUACGUUCAGCAGCUACAUCUCCGUUGUUCAUGAGCUGUCAGCACUCGUCAUGACCAGAGCCAGAAGCCUGGUGUUUAGUAUGAGUGACUUCCUGUACAACAACUCACCAGCCGGCAAAAGGUAUAAGAGGGCGUGCAAGGAUGUACAUCAAUUUUCGGAAGACAUAAUUCAGCAACGCAAACGAGCUUUGGACGGUCUGUCCACCACUGAGACAGCUCGGCGGCAGAAAUAUCUGGAUUUUCUGGACAUAUUACUGAUGGCAAAGGAUGAAGAUGGGGACGGUCUGACCGAUGCUGAGAUCAGGGACGAGGUGGACACCUUCAUGUUCGAAGGACACGACACCACAGCCAGCGGGCUGUCCUGGACCCUGUACUGCCUGGCUCGGCAUCCGGGACAUCAGGAGAAGUGCAGGAGGGAGGCACAGGAAGUACUGCAGGGCAGAACGGAAGUGACGUGGGAAGAUCUCCCGUCCAUGAAGUACAUCACGAUGUGCAUCAAGGAAAGCCUUCGUCUCUACCCACCUGUUCCCAAAAUACUCCGGGAAUUAGAGGCAUCCCUUACCUUACCCAAUGGGAAAACCGUGCAGAAAGGGACGGCAGUUUUCAUUGGUCUACAGCGGCUACACCUUAAUCCUGGCAUUUGGGAAAGACCGGAGGAAUACGACCCUCAUCGUUUUUCGCCGGAAAAAUCGAAGGAUCGACAUCCAUAUGCAUUUCUGCCUUUUUCGGCAGGACCAAGGAACUGUAUCGGGCAGCACUUCGCCAUGAACGAGUUGAAGACGUCUGUAGCGCUCAUCCUGCAGCGGUUCAGCCUGACUCCUGACGACACUCUGCCCGAGCCGCUCUCCGUACACAAAAUUGUCCUACGGGCUGACAGUCCGGGUCUGUUCCUCAAAAUCAACCCCAUAAGCUAGAUUAUUGGCUAGGAUGUAAUGAAAUAAAAAUUAAACUCCAUCUCAAAUUGAAUUUCACUCGCCAGAAUUUU